AUGCUCGUUUUGUUGACUUUCCUGCUGAUAUCCAUCAGCUUGGCCGCAGCAUCGCCAGUGACGUCCACUCCGGCAUCGGAAAUGAGUGAACGAGCGACCCCUCUCGGUUACAUCUUCACGCUCGGCUGGUCUUCCGCAGGAUAUUGCAGCGUGGCAGGCAACAAAUACGACAUCACGCGACACACUUGGCGCUCAUGGACCACCAGCAAAGUAUCAUUCAAAGUGCCUAUCGACGCACAGGACCUGCCCCUGUGCGUUCAAGGUGACUGCAAAAGGAUUGAAUACGACAGGUACUAUGAGGGUGGCACGCAUCCUCCGACACCCGACUAUCGCGGUAUGCGAUUCGACGACUACACUUCUACUAUCGUAGGAGGUGAGUAUCCGGGAUGCUGCGAGGCUGCUUUUGGCGUCAAAUUCUACCUCAAUCCACACAAUGGCGCAGGACAGUAUGAUACGGAGCGCGAAGAAGAAGACGGCGGCGCGUUCAUGGGAUUUUGCAACCCUCACAAACGCUCGAGUGUGAGUGGAAAAUCUUGCUACGAAGUUCUGGAUCAUCCGCAGCAACCUUUCGUGUUCGUUGCAGACUGCGUCGGUACGAGACUUCGACCGACGAUCUCAUCCACACCUUACUAUUCGUGA